GUAGCCCGGUAGCAGCCGCCUCCCGCUCUUUGCUCUCAGCGGCUGGGGCUGGGCUCAGCAGCAGCAAGCCCCGUGCAGGUCGCCUAGCGACGGUGUAUCGGAUCCUGGAGAGGCGCGAGCUCCUGGGGUGCGGGGGGGGGGUCUCGCCCGGCAGCCCCCCGGUGCCAUCCGCAUCGCAGCCAGAUGGGCAGCGGCUUCCCUGCCUGCUCCGUGGGCCGGGAACGGGGGAUGCUGCGGUGAUCGCUGAAGGCUUGUGGCAGGGCUGUAAACCAUAGUGCGUGGAGCAAUUUCUUUGAGCUUAUGAUUAUCCGAUGACUCUGGUUACUGUAGUUCCAGCCUGUCUUCGUACCAGGGCAGCUACUCACGGCCGUAUCCUUUCCCAGGUCAUUGUCAGGAGAGGGAGUAGCCAGCGAAGCUUCUAAGGCCACGUCUACACUACCUGCCAGACUGGCGGGUAGCAUUUGAUCUAUCGGGGAUCAAUUUAUCGCAUCUAGUGUAGAUGCGAUAAAUCGAUCCCCGAUCACUCUGCCGUCAACUCCGGAACUCCACCACGGCGAGAGGCGGAAGCGGAGUCGAUGGGGGAGCGGCAGCCGUCGAUCCCGCGCUGCGAGGAUGCGAACAUCAGUUAUUUCUGCAAGAACAACUUUAUCUGUGAUCGGUUGAGAAGGAUUGUGUGUCUGGAACAUCAAAGCCACCACAAUGAAGCACUUCCUGAGAAUGUUUGUCCAGGUCUGCCUGUUCUUCUACUGUAAAUGUUUGUGGCGCUGUCUGAAAUUUGUGGUGAGGAAAUUAACAGGACGAUGUGAAUUACAAAGGAUCUGUUACAAUAUCAAACCUGGGGCCAGCAGAACUAUGAAGAUAGAGACAUCACUGAGGGGUUCAAAAAAUAAGCUGCUGCAAACUUCAGUAAGUGUUCAUCCAGAUGCCAUUGAAAAAACUAUAGAUGACAUCAUGGAACUGAAAAAGAUUAAUCCAGAUAUAAAUCCACAGUUAGGAGUAUCUCUUCAGGCCUGUCUCCUACAGAUUGUAGGGUACAGAAAUCUGAUUGCAGAGGUUGAAAAGCUGCGCAGAGAGCCAUAUGACUCAGAGAAUCCCCAACAUGAAGAGAAGCUUCUAAAGUUAUGGAAAUGUUUGAAGCCUGAUUGCCCAUUGGAAGCUCGGAUUUCGAAGCAGUGGUGUGAAAUUGGUUUCCAAGGAGACGAUCCUAAAACAGAUUUUAGAGGGAUGGGCCUACUGGGAUUAUAUAAUUUGUUAUAUUUUGCCGAACGGGAUGCUGCAAUAGCUCAGCAAGUUCUCUCCGAUUCCCUUCAGCCGAAAUACAGAGAAGUCACUAAAGAGGAGCUAAGCCAAUUCAGCAAAGCUGAAUGGGAGAAGAAAAAGUUUGAUAAGGCAAUUGGCUACUCUUUUGCUAUUGUUGGCAUUAACAUAACUGACCUUGCGUACAACCUGCUUGUGAGUGGCGCGCUGAAGACCCAUUUCUACAAUGUUGCUCCAGAGGCUCCGACGUUAUCCCAUUUCCAACAAACAUUCUGCUAUUUGAUGCAUGAAUUCCAUAAAUUCUGGAUUGAAGAGGAUCCACUGGACAUAAUGGAGUUUAACCGUGUGCGAGAGAAAUUUCACAAGCAAAUUUUAAAACAGCUCCAGAAUCCAGACAUGGCUCUGUGCCCUCACUUUGCUGCCUCAGAAAGCUUAAUCAACAUGUAGUCAUUCACUUGAUUUGAUUUGAGAACACUGCCUCACUCUUCUCUUACGUCACACUUUAGAUCAUCACUAACAUAUUGAAUGACCAUGGCGAUUGUAUGCAUGCCUUUUGGUGCAGUAUUCAUCUAUUUUUGUCAUAAAUAUUAGAUCCCCUUACACGUCUCUUUCCAGGGGAUUUCUCAUUAAAUGGGUGCUCAUAUUGCGGCAUUAUGCAGUGUUACGUUCUGAGUUGAUGUCCAGGUAUCAAGAGUUUUCUAUUUUUUUAGACCUUUUUUUCCCCAUAAUUCGGCAUUGAAAUUGUAUUUCUCUAGCAUUGUUUUGUAUAUGUGGAAUAAUUAUCUGAAUCUUGUAUUGUGAAAACCUUUUAACUUAUUGAUAUGUUUUGUGAUAACGACUGACAUUUCAAGUAAAGUACAUGUUUGGAUUUCAUCUAGAAGAUAAUGUAUGUAACUUUAAUCUAAUGCACAAAAACACAUUAAAGACCAAUUUUUUCCAUGCAAUCA